AUGCAUGUGUAUGUCCCUGAGGUGGAUCCAAUUACAGGUGACUUCUACCACGAACGUGAAGAUCACUGUCAUGUACUAAAACGUAUAUGGAAGCACACAAGAGAAAAAGGUCCUGAGGGCUUUAAUCUGGAGGGAUUUGAUAAACCUGUGCUUGACCCCACAACUGGACUGACUCUUGCCGCACUGCGGGGUGAGAGGAAACAAUCAGUACCGGAUGCGGAACGCAUGCUUUCAUUUCUGGUGGCCAAAUUUCUGCAUGAAAAUGGUUAUGGAAGAGAAGGAAAGUACGUGGAGAUAGUUGCAGGCUGGCAUAUGAGGUAGCAGAUGGUCGAGGUCUGACACAGUUGGAACGUUGCAAGAGAAACUAUGCAAUGCUGAACAUGAUCCUAGACGAAUGGAUGCCCUGGCAUGUAGAAAUUUAUGACUUCUCCACAAUAGACAUCAACAGGUAUUCAAUUAAAGUCAGGGAUUAAAAUGGGGAGGCCAAAAAUUAAGCUUGGCGGUAGGAAAAGGCUGACUGCAUUUCCCUAGGGCUUGGGUUCAAAGAGACCUUUGGGUCAUACUUCCUGUAUUUCGGAUUAGGUCAAGUCUUAGGCCACACUCUCCUUCUCACAUUUUUUCCUGGAUCUGCUACUCAAGGUACAUAAUUUGUAACUUAUUGUAUCUAGAAAAGCCUUUAACUUUUGGCUUUGUCUGUUGUUUAUUUUUAUAGGCCCGUCAAGGAGCUCUGUGGUUUCUCACGCGAGACAGUUAUCGCAGUGACCUCCAAUAUUGAAAGCAUGGAGUUUAGGAGAUGCCAAAAUGAUGGUGAAGUUGGUUAUGCAGAACACCCCAGGGCUGGUACAACUGAUGAUGUGGAGGCUAUUAUUGCCUUUUUUCAUAGGAUUACUGGAAUCGUUUUCACUUUGAACCAGUUCAAAGCUACCUGGAGACAAGUCGUCAGGUUAGUUGUGUUAGCCUUAUCUGCUAAUUAUUAAUUAUGAUUAAUUGUAACUCACUAAUAAUUUUAAAUUAUGAUAUUUUCCUCUGCUUUAAAUACAAAGAAUUACAUCAUAAGGUCAUAGGGAAUACAUGAUUUACUAAAAGUGAUUGCAGUGGGAUUGACUUCUGUGCAGUUCUGAUAAAUUGAUUUGUGGUCAUGUACUUAUUAAUUGUUUGUUUUCCGGUGUUUUCAUUUUCUUAGAGAAUUCAGCAAACGUAUGACACCUGACCUGCCUUUCUACUACUGGACUGUGAAUGAAAGAUACCGAGGUGAUGAUGAUGACUUUGAUUCCUUUGAUGUGGGGCCAAACAUCCCAGAUGAUCAAGAGCCUUCAUGUCAUCCACUGCGCUUACAUCGUUUAAGUAUUAAUCGAAGGGAGGAUGCAUCAAUUCUUUGUGCCGGUCGUGCUUUUCUUCCAGUACGUAACCAAACAAGCAUUCGCCAGCGUAUACAUCGUCCAGUAGCUCAGCUUCCAGAACCAAACAGAAGGGCUCCUUAA